UGUGAAGGAAUUUCUAUUUGCUAAAACAAUGAUAUUUGCCAUUGAAGAAAUAAACAAUUCAAUGCUACUGCCUGGUGCUUCUCUGGGUUAUAAAAUAUAUGAUGACUGCAGUUCUAUCCCUUUGGCUACAAAAGCAGCAAUGGAUUUAGUGAAUGGUCCUGAAGGAACGCUUUCUGAUAUAUCUUGCAUUAAACCAUCAACUGUACAUGCAAUCAUAGGAAUGUCAGAUUCAUCACCUACCAUUGCUGUUGCUAAAUCACUUGGACCUCUUCACAUACCGGUGGUAAGUUACUACUCUACUUGUGCAUGUCUUAGCAACAAACAUGAGUUUCCUACUUUCUUUAGAACAAUACCCAGUGACUAUUAUCAAAGCAGAGCCCUAGCGCAGCUUGUGAAGCACUUUGGGUGGACCUGGGUCGGAGCAGUGAGCAGUGAUAAUGACUAUGGUAAAGCUGGUAUUACCACAUUUAUAGAAGCUCUCCAGAAUGAAGAAAUAUGCAUUGAGUAUUCUGAAGUAAUUUAUAGAAAUAGUCCAAGAGACAAAAUUCUGAAAGUAGUAGAAACUAUGAAAAAAGCUUCGUCAAAAGUAGUUGUUGCAUUUGCAACAUUUAUUGACCUGGAAUAUUUAAUAAAUGAACUGCUUCUUCAAAAUAUCACAAGCUUGCAAUGGGUAGGCAGUGAAGGCUGGAUAUACAAUGAGUACCUUGCAACAGAGGAAAAUUACAAAGUCCUUGGAGGCGCUAUUGGUAUUAAUAUCAUGAAUCCAGUUGUACCAGGUCUACAAAAAUUCUUAAUGAAAUUUAUCCCAACCAACAUUCCCAACAAUACAGGUCUGGAAAGCUUUUGGGAAAGCACAAUGAAUUGCACAUCAGCAGGAGAAGAAAACACAGCAAAUGGCAAUGAGUGCCUUGGCUCAGAAACUGUAUAUAGAGCAGUGUACGCCAUAGCGUAUUCUGUACACCAUCUUUUUAAAUGUCAGAGUAACCAGCAUGGAAAUUAUUCUUGUGGUAAUGCAAUGAACAUUGAGCCUUGGCAGGUACUAGAUAAUAUGAAGCAUGUUAAUUUUACAACAAGUUAUGGAGAGACUUUAUAUUUUGAUGAAAAUGGUGACCCAGCGGCAAGAUAUGAAUUGAUAAACUGGCAGCCCAGUAAAGAGGGAAUGAUUAAGUUUGUCAAAAUUGGUGUGUAUGAUGCUUCACUGCCAGAAGGACAGCAAUUUGUAAUGAAUAACAUUACCAUUAUGUGGAAAGGUAAUAACAAAAAGGUUCCCAGAUCUGCAUGUAGCCAAAGUUGCUUUCCAGGCACUCGUAAGGCUGUCCAGAAAGGAAAGCCUAUUUGCUGUUUUGAUUGUAUUCCUUGUGCUGAAGGGGAAAUUACUAAUAUAACAGAUUCUCCUGACUGUUUAAAGUGUCCCAUUGAGUACAAAUCAAAUGACCUAAAAAGCCAAUGCAUUUUAAAAGAGAUUGAAUUCUUAGCAUUUGAAGAAACUACCGGAAUACUACUAGUGUUUUUUUCCUUGCUGGGAACUUGUUUCACCAUGGCUGUGACAAUGGCUGAAGAUCCAGUUUGUGAGCUACUACAGAGACAACCUGCACAACCUUUGAUCUCAAAGGACGGUGACAUUAUCAUUGGAGGAGUCUUUUCAUUCCACAAAAGUGUUGAAGAUUUUGAAUUAUCAUUUAAAGAGAUGCCACAGCCUUUAAAAUGUACAGACUUUAAUAUUAAAGAAUUUAUUUUUGCAAAAGCAAUGGUGUUUGCUUCUGAAGAAUUAAACAACAAUACUAGCAUUCUUCCUGGAAUUUCUCUUGGGUACAAAAUAUAUGAUGAUUGCACAUCUUUAAAUUUAGCUAUGAAACCAGCACUGGCAUUAGCAAAUGGACAAGAAAAGUCAUUUGCCUUUGAUACUUGCGGCAAACCAUCUACUGUUUAUGCUAUUAUAGGAACGUCUGAUUCCACACCAGCCAUUGCAAUUGCAGCCACACUUGGACCAUAUUUCAUACCACUGAUAAGUUACUACUCGACUUGUGCGUGUCUCAGCAACAAAUACAAUUAUCCAACUUUCUUUCGAACCAUACCAAGUGACUACCACCAAAGUAGAGCUCUAGCAAAACUUAUCAAAUAUUUUGGAUGGAACUGGCUUGGAACUUUAAGUGCUGAUGAUGAUUAUGGUAAAGCUGGCAUUGCUACAUUCAUAGAGGCUGUUCAGAAAGAAGGGCUGUGCAUUGAAUAUUCUGAAUCAAUAUACAGAAACAGCCCUAGAGCAAAAGUGCUUAAAAUUGUAGAUAUUAUGAAGCAGGCUUCUUCUAAAGUAAUAGUUGUCUUUGCCACAUUUACAGAUUUAGAAGCUCUUCUAAAAGAGCUUUAUUUUCAGAAUGUCACCAACCUGCAGUGGAUUGGCAGUGAAGGCUGGAUUUCAAGUGAAUAUCUGGCAACCAAAGAGAAUUACGGUGUCCUUGGGGGAGCACUUGGACUUGCAAUCAGUAGUUCCACAAUACCGUCUUUGGGAGAUUAUUUAAAAGACACAAGUCCAUCUGAAAUUCCCAAUAAUAUUGACUUAAAUAUAUCCUGGAGAAGCACAUUUAACUGCAGUUUAAAAAGAGAGAACAAAUCUCCACCUAAUAAUUCAUGUCAAGCACCUGAAUUUGGAUUGCAAAUAAACAAACUUUAUUUUGAUAUUCCUGAAGUCAGAAUCGCUAAUAAUGUCUAUAAAGCAAUGUAUGCAGUAGCACAUGCUCUGCAUAAUCUCUAUGAAUGCCAAAUCACUGAAACAAAUAAUACAUGCAGCCCUAACAGGAAAGUUGACUCUCGACAGGUGUUAGAAAAGAUAAAGCAAGUUAAUUAUACGACCAGUUAUGGAGAAAAUGUUUAUUUCGAUAGCAAUGGAAACUCAGUAGCAAGAUAUGAAAUAAUAAACUGGCAGUUAAAUGAGAAAGGAUCUAUACAAUUUGUCAUUGUUGGCCUCUAUGAUUCUUCUUUACAAGAGGGACAACAAUUUGUUAUGAAUAACAUUAAUAUUAUUUGGAAAAAUGCAGAAAUAAAGAAAAUAAGCCAUUGUUAA